AUGCAGAACGAGGACAAAAAGAUAGUUGAUCUUUACAUCCCAAGAAAGUGCUCUGCAACCAACAGACUUGUCGGACCUAGCGAUUAUUCAAGUGUUCAGUUAAAUAUAGCUGAUGUAAACGAAGACGGAGUUGCACUCAAGACAAACCAAACUUUUUGCAUCUCAGGGAGAGUCAGAAGACAAGGAUUUGCUGAUGGAUGCCUUAACAGACUUUUCAAAGAGAAAGGACUCUUGACUUUCGCUAACUAAAGGAGCUAAAAAAACUUUUUACUUUAAGCUGCCUUAUUAAAAUAUAAAAAAAAAUUUUAAUAUAAUUAUUAACUUAUUCCUAUAAUUGAUUUAAACUUAAGCUAGCCAAUUUUAAUUUAAAAAGUGUUCGCUUUAUAAUAAGAAGUAGUAAGUAA